AUGGGAGUGGAGGCAUACCCCCGUGCGGACCAGCCUAUGAGCGUCGCCGCCUGCGACAAGAACGCAAUCCUGCAAGAGGCCAAGGUCUUCUCCAAGGUGCCGAUAAACUCGAAGAAGUGCGUGGAAGCGCUGACGAAAAUACUGUGCGUGAUCAACCAUGGCUCCGACCCGCUCACGGAGUCGGAAACAACCGACGUGUUCUUCGGUGCGACCAGGCUGUUCGAGUCCAACGACGAGCGGCUCCGUCGCCUGGUCUACUUGCUCAUCAAGUCGAUCCACGUCAACGAAACGGAGAUCUUCAUCGUCACAAGCUCGCUGACGAAGGACAUAAACUCCCCGAACCUCAUUUACCGCGCCAACGCCAUCAGGGCCAUGUGUCUCAUCGUGAAGAGCAACAUGGCAUCGCAGAUCGAGCGGUACAUAAAGUCGUCGCUGGUCGACAAGGAUUCGUAUGUGUGUUCGUCUGCCAUCCUGUUCUGCAUACGUGUGUUCCCGCAGAUGCAGCAGAUGAUCCGUCGGUGGGUCGGCGAGGCCGCCACGUGCCUGACUAACUCUAACCAGAUGGUGCAGUUCCACGGCACGCUGAUGAUGUUCCUCGCUCGUCUCAACGACCGUCAGUCGCUGAGGAAGCUUGUGGCCACUCUGAGGCAGGGUAAGAUGGGCCCCCCCACCGAAUGCUUCAUCAUAAGGUUCGUCGCGGCCAACUUCGGCAUCAUGGAGGCUGAGUGCAUCGACGUGAUAAAAUCGGGGAUCAAGAGCAACACGGAGGCAGUGAGUCUAGAGGCGCUGAAGGCGGUGGUUUCUUUGGCGCUUUCGCACUACAAAACUGUCGGUAGCAUGCAGGGGUUCGCCUUCGACAUGCGUGACGUGAUCACCAAGCUUCAGACGAUGCUCGCCUCGAAAGACCGCACGCUGGUUUUCGCUGCCAUGAGGCAGAUUUACCAACUUGCGCAGACGCUCCCGCUGCUGGUCAGUGUGCUGAACGGAAAGGUUGAGGAGAUGCUUAAACGGAAAAACAAGGACAUCGCGUCGCUCGCGCUGCUCACGUUGCUCCAGACCGGCGGUGCUGACACGAUCGAGAGGCUGCUCGCGCAGGCCACUUCGCUCUCCGGCGACUUCAAACUAGCCGUGGCGAAGGCGCUGAAGAGGCUCUGUGUCUCGUUCCCGGACAAGCACCCCACUGUGCUCAAGUUCUUUGCCACCAACUUCAGGGACGCGGUCGAGAGCAACUUCAAGCGUGAGAUGGCGGACGCUACCAUGUACAUCGUGGAACGCAUCCCCGCCGCCCAGCAGCUGGGUCUGAAGAACCUGUGCGAAUUCAUCGAGGACUGCGAAUUCCCCGACCUCAACGCGAAGGUGCUCAAGUUCCUGGGCGACAACGUUCCGAAGGCCGAAGCGCCGGAGGAGUACGUGAGGUACAUUUACAAUAGGCUGCUGCUCGAAAACGCCACGGUGCGCGCAGCUGGCAUUGAGGCGCUGGACAACAUCGUCAGGGAGUGCCCCGCGCUAAAGGCUUCUGUGUCCAUUUUGCUGCUGCCGUGCCUGAAGGACCCGGAGGACGACCUCAGGGAGAGGGUGAACCUGACGUACGCACUGAUGCUCGUGGAUGACCGCGUGACCCUCAACAACGGCGCGCUCACUGCCAGCACCGACGGCGACGCGGGCUUCGACGAAUUCGAGUCGAAGAUCAAGAAUUCCGAGGCGGCCAAGGAGCUGUGCGACGUCAUCCACUCCGUCACCGAGCAGGGAAACCUCAGCGGCCUCUGCGCCAAACUGCAAGACUGUAUACAAAACAAGCGCGGCUAUGAGGAAAUCUACGAGGGCAUGGCCGACGCUGACAUGGACACCGACGCGGGUGACGCGGCGCCGGACGCCCAGGAUGCCAAGCACCGCAUGUCCUCCGCUGCUGGUGUGGACGACCUAGGCGUCUUUGAACAAGACAGCGUGUCUGAGCGGGAGACUGUGGUGCUGCCUCCCGAGAUCUUGCAGCUCCUGCCUCAGGGCGCGCCCACGGCCAGCUCCGCCACCCUGCCCCUCACCGACGAGGAGGAGGACUACAGCGUGGAGGCCAGGAUCCACUCGUCCGAGGGCUGGCUGGUGCUCGAGUUCAUUAUCGGAAACACGCUGUCUGACCAGAUUCUGGAUGACGUGGUUGUCAGCGUGGACUACUCGCAGUGCCUGAACGCCACCAUCUGGCAGGUGCAGACGUUUGUGCCGAUACCGCGGCUUACGGUAUCGGAAAAGAAGAGCGCUUACGUGGUCGUGCGCAACUCGAUGCAAAGCGGCCCCAGCGGGCUGCCUCACUUCGGGCUGCUGCUUGGCACUGUGAAGGUAGACCUCACUUUCGAGGCCCGCAGCGGCAGCGAGGACUCCCGGAGCUACAGGGAGAGCUACAGCGCCAACGACAUGCACCUGGGAGUCGGGCUGUACUGCGUCGGUUGGCCGAUGGAUGAGGGCGAGUUUGAGCGGUCGUGGACCGCCGGUGCGUCGCUGGAGUCGUGCGCCACCUUCGGGCUGCAGUUCAAGGACAUCAAGGAGGCCGUCCAGGGUUUGCGGCGGUUCUUUGGCAACUGCUCCGUGACGCAGUGCCCCGGCCCCGUAGAAAGGAUCGCCGUGCUGAACGUGUCCGGCAAGCUGUUCUCCAAAGAGGACUUCCUCGCGAAAGCGACCGUCGCCCAGGGCGACCCUAGCGGCUCCGCGCAGCUCAGUCCGCAGAAGGGCUGCAUACUGAAGCUGCAGGUCCGUACGGGCAGCAGUGAGCUCGCUGACAUAAUUUUCACGCUGCUGGAGUGA